GCGUCGCGCGUCGCACGGCCGCUGCCGACCACCUCACCUGUCGUGGCGGGGCGGGGCGCGCACCUCGGAUUAGGACGGGACGGCGGAUGUACGAAGAGGUGGGGACAGGACGGACCCGGGCCCCGGGGCCCCGGGGGACACGGUGGCAUCGCAGUGGUCCCCAGGCCGCCGUCAGGCCCCGACCGACGCGCGCCUCACCAUGACCGUCACCGCGACCGGCACCCGCACCGAGAGCGCCGCCAGGCGGUACCUCAAGAUGGCGGCCAAGGGGCUGUGGGGCAUGGCCUCGCGGCGGAAGCGGAUGUCGGAGGACUCGUCGCCGCUGGCGCGCGUGCUCAACCUCGUGGACCUGACGCUGCUCGGGGUGGGCUCCACCCUGGGGCUGGGCGUGUACGUGCUGGCCGGCCAGGUGGCCAACGAGAUGGCCGGCCCCGGGGUGCUCAUCUCCUUCCUGCUGGCCGCCGUCUCCUCCUUCUUCGCCGGGCUCUGCUACGCCGAGUUCGCCUCCCGCGUGCCCAAGGCCGGCUCGGCCUACGUGUACGCGUACGUGGCGGUGGGCGAGGUGGCCGCCUUCAUCAUCGGCUGGACGCUCAUCCUGGAGUACGCCAUCGGCACGGCCAGCGUGACGCGAGGCGUGUCGACGUACGUGGACAAGCUCGCCGAUUAUCGCAUCUCCAACUGGUUCACCGAGCACCUGCCGCUGAACACGCCCACCCUGGCCGCGUACCCGGACUUCUUCUCCUUCGGUAUCAUCGUCCUCAUGACCGGGCUGCUCGCGUUCGGCGUGAAAGAGUCGUCCGUCGUGAACAACAUCCUGACCUUCCUUAACCUGGGCACGGCCACGGUGGCCGUGGUGACCAGCGCCAUAUACGCCAACCCUUCCAACUGGGCGCUCGCCCCGCACACCAACACCGACACGGGCAAGACUGACCUCGGCGGCUUCCUGCCGUACGGCGUCAAGGGCAUCGUGGAGGGCGCGGGCACGUGCUUCUUCGGCUUCGUGGGCUUCGACUGCAUCGCCACGACCAGUGAGGAGGCCAAGAACCCCCGGCGGAACAUCCCCUGGGCCAUCGUGCUGUCGCUGUCGAUCAUCACCAUCACGUACUGCAGCAUCGCCAUCGUGCUCACCAUGCUCCUGCCCUAUUACGAGCUCGACCGCGCGGCACCCUUCACUGAAGCCUUCAAAGGGAUGCAACUCAUGGCCGUCAUGUGGAUCGUGUCGGUGGGCGCCAUCUUCGCCCUUACCACUAGCCUGCUCGGCACGAUGAUCCCUCUGCCCCGCAUCAUGUACGCCAUGGCCCAGGACGGCCUCCUGUUCUCCAUCUUCGCGCGCGUCGACGGCUGGACGAAGACGCCCCUGAUCGCGACUGUGGUGGCCGGCGGCUUGUCCGGCGUCCUGGCGCUCAUCUUCGACCUGGACCAGCUCAUCGAGAUGAUGUCUAUCGGCACCCUGCUCGCCUACACGGUGGUGUGCAUGUGUGUCCUCAUCCUCAGGUACACGGACACGCGUUCCAGGGGGUCGCCGCCGAACGAGAAGAGCGAGCCCAUCACGUUCACGCGGUCCGUGGGGGCGCUCGUCAACCUGGAGCGCGCUGCAACGCCCUCCAAGCUCACCACGGGCGCCGCCGGCGUCCUCGUCUUUGCCGAGAUCCUGCUGACGCUGGCGCUGUGCGUUCUGCUCAAGCUGGCCGGCAACGACCUGUACGACGACCCAAAGCCGUGGCUGGGGUCGCUCCUGGCCCUCCUCGUGCCCCUCAUCGUGGUCGUCCUCAUGCUCGGACAGCAGCCCAAGGCGAACGUCAGCCAACUCGCCUUCUCGGUUCCUGGGCUGCCUUACAUCCCCGCCCUCAGCCUCUUCCUCAACUUGUACCUCAUGGUCAACCUCAAGGUUGAAACAUGGGUGCGGUUCCUCGUCUGGAUGUUGAUUGGAACCGUCCUCUACUUCUCGUACAGCCUGCGGCACAGCACGGAGCGCCUCCUGGAGAUCGCGGAGAAGAAGCGCGGCGCCGCCGCACCCACGGCGCCCAACGGCGUCAGCAACGGCUCAGGCGGUGCGCAUCCGGAGCUGAACGACCUGCCGAUGAGCGUCCUGGAGGGCAGGACGUACUUAUGAGCCGCGGCGGUGGCGAACAGAGCCGCUAUCGCGCCCCCUGUGGGGGCCAGCCAGCCGCCACCGCUACAAGGCGCCACGUGUGCUGGACUCUCCAACAGUCAGGCCACAGCCCAGUGAGAAAGGUCUGCCAGAACGAUGUCGAAACGGUUUUGAUUCGAAUCGAAUCGAUAUCGAGAUGCAUCGCUUCGAUGUCGAUUUUGUGUCCUGCUUCUCACGAGGGGGUGGAAUGUCGACUUAUUCGUCCGACUUUAUGUCGACGAUAACCAGAGCAGUUUUGAUCUCAGCGUGAGUUUUGGAUGCGUGUCGAAAAUCGCUUUUCUUUUCCUCUACUCGCGACCUUUAUUGUCGCGAGCUCUGAGAUCGUGAGUAACUUGAGAGCGGACCACCAACGGACGGUGUCUGGAGAGAACUAUUUAUUCCGUAUUUAUUAAGGCAUGUUUCCUGAUGCGCCAUGAGCCUGGAUGAUGGACGAGAGGAAAAGAGAAGAGGACAAAGAGGGCCUCCUUUCAAUCCCACAGUAGUUGUUAUGAUAUGAAACACGAUAACGUUUGUGCCAUCAUUCUGAUAACAUCUACAGAGAUUGAGGUGGGGUCAAGGUGGGGUGGGGCUGUGCCUCUUGGUCGUUGCUGUACCUGAUGUCAGUGAUAUGAGCUCGUGAACACUUUCUAGCUCAAAGUUUAAGCUGUGAUGAAAAAAUAAAUAAAUAGAGUUGAAUAUUUGUAGUUUACUUGCGAGAUAUAUAUAUAUAUAUUUACAAUAUCUAACUCGCUGUAUCAAAAGGGAUGGUUACCUCCGGGCUACUCACCUGGCACAAUAGUGAUUAAUAUCAUUUACCGUAUUCUGUUGCCGUAAACACCACAAAGUCAUUCUGAAUUUUUUCUGUCACCUGUAUGUGUUAUUACUUAGUGAUUUUGUACUUAUUUACAGUGAAAUACAUCCAUUUCAGUAA